GGUCAGUCCCGCCUCCAAAAACAAAAAUUAGAGUCCCAACCAAACGACGUCAUUUUCUCCCAAAAUCUACAACUUGCUGUUCGUCUUUUCUCUCAAAAAUCCCCAGCCCCUGUUCCUCGCUCCUCCAAUUCCUUCAAUUUUUCACUCAAAAAUCCAGCCACUACUGCCACCCCCCUCUGCAAUCAUCUCCAUCUCCUUCUUCACCCCUUUUGCAAUCGUCUCACGCCGUCGACCCAACUCUGUCGCUGCAAUUCAUCAUCUCCGAUAAGUGUUUUGUUGGAUCUCUUUUUUUUUUUCUUUUUUUUUUUUUAGUUUUCAAUGUAAAUUUCUCAAGAUGAAAUUGAUGGGAACAACUGCGAUUCCUUCAAUUUUUCACUAAAAAACCCAGUCCCUGCUGUCACCCCCUCUGCAGUCAUCUCCAUCUCCUUUUUCAUAAACCAGAAACGAAAUUCAUUGAAGAGAAAACAUUUACUUUUUUUAUUCUUGUUUCUAUUUUAUUGCUUCUCUAUUUUGUUGCAUAAAGCAAAGCAGUUGCUGGAUUUCCUUUGCAUAAAUUUAGGGAAAUGCUAUUUUUAGAUAAUGAUGCACAAAGUGAGGGAGUUGGCAGAUCUGGAACGAGUGGAGCGGCCACCAGCGAGGAAAGAAAGAGUGAGUGGGGGAGAAGGUGGAACGGUUGAAGGAGAGGAACAAUCGGCCGGUUAUGGGGAUUUGCUCAUUGAUCGAAUGGGAGAGGAACAAAGAGGAACGGACAACAGGUGGAAUGGCGGAAAGGAAGAUCUGGUGUCCAAUCGGGCUGGUUUCGAUGAACCGUCCGGUUGUGUGUGCAAAGGAAAGAAUUCAGGGAGGUGGGAGGUGUACGUGGUUGAGCAGCGGGGGACUCCUUUGCCCAGUUGCCCCCAGUCUGCUGAUAUCAAGUCGGCAGCCUUGUGUUGCGUUGUUACCGUCACCGUUGCUUUUUAGCUCCGAGUAUAUCUGUUUCUUUCAGAUCUCCUUUGUUUAGUUUUUCAUUAGAUUCAUGUCUUUAUGUCUCCCGUUUUCAAAUCAUUUUGGUGGAUUAACUUUUAACCAAUUUUAUUCGGAUCUGACCUUUAAUUUAGCGUACUUGAUGUUAGAGUCGUAAAAGGGAGGAGUUAAAGGAGUCAGAGGGUUACAGAGAGGAGUUAAAAGCAGAUAUAUAUGUUCGUUUUGGCAUUUCCGGAGGUUUUUUUCCUUUUUCUUUUACAGCGCAUUUCCAGAAGUUAAAGUGAAGCCAAACACACAACUGCCCGAAGUUAAGCUUGCAAGCAAGACAAUGGGUUGGAGAAAUCAUCUCGGUGUGCUUGGUAUUAGAGUAUUAGCCUAGCUUUCUCAUCCACCCUAUAAACGUACGUUGAUUGUGCUAUUAGCAAUGGAACCCCGGGAGCCUUCAAAACAAAAGAAUGCAAGGUCUAUCUCUAGAAAGCCUUUUAUUGUUUUUACCUCUUGCCACAUUUGUGACCUUGAAAUUGUAUUUUUCAAUCAAUUACUUGACAGCUACGGUUAGGAAAAGAAGAUUAUGAAAAGAAAAUACUAGCUAUUGUUAGCUUGCAUUUCAUCUGGUUUUUGUACUUUGUUGAAUUAGUGGGUAGUUCAUUUAAGUU